CGUCUAUAACGGUUCGGAGAAUUGCUGAGCCAUCGACGAAUUCGUAUCUGGCGCGAAACGCCGCUCGCGCAUGGUGGCAGUCUCGAUCGUAUAUCACAGACAGCCGCAUGCAGUUGACCUGCUCGAGAUAUCGUGCAUCUUUCCGUCCUCUGUCCGGACCUCAUUUCAUCUACCAUGUCAGUUGUCAACCGUUACACACCCAUCUAUCACCAGGAGGAUGCCUAUCCGAUCGCGGCCGGCGGCGGUCGACUCAUUCGUGAACGAACUGUAUAUUCGCUCGAAGCACUCGAUGCAUUGGUAUCACCUCCCGAAGAUGAAGUUAACCAGGCGCCCUCGUACAAGCAGAUGAUGCAUUGUUCUCACUGCUUCAAACCACGCUCCGAAGUUGAGAAGCUCAUGAAGUGCUCCCGGUGUAAGGUGGAUACAUACUGUAGCAAGCAAUGCCAGAGGGCUGACUGGUCCCUACACAAGGAGAAGUGCGAUCGCAUCGCAAACAUGGAUGAGGCAACCGCAAAACGACAGCACCUCCUCCAGCUAUACAAGGAUCGACACCUCCGGACAGUCUCCAUGACAGGGCCAUCGGCGAUGGAGCUCUAUGACUAUCCCAACCUCGCAAACCGCCUCAUCAUGGUCGUCCGUCUCGACUGGCAUCGCAAGAAACGGCGCGAGGCGGCCUUCUCCGUCACGCAGAUACACUGGAUCGACCCCGUGGAUAUCGGCGGCUUAGUAGUCACUCCGUCCGAGGCACGCAUUCUUCCCGUCCUGCUAGCGCACGAACGCGAGCAUGCUCAGGCGUCCGGCAAAGCGGGCGUAUUUAUAGCGAUGUUCUGGUGUCCGGAACUGGGCAUGACGGAGACAGAGCUUAUCGCCUACGACCACAUUGAGCCCGCGGUGAUGUCGUUUUAUCAGGGUUUGGUGGACUGGGGAGAGUUCAUCAAGGAGGCGAUCAACUCGGGCAGGGUCUUCUGAUGCAUGCCGCGGAAAUCAGGCUACUUGAUUCGGGGCGCCUCAAGUUUGUGUUUGUGGGCACACCGUCUUCUCGGACUGUUGUUCCUCUGCAGUUAGAGCGGAUAGAGCUGAUGUAUCAUAUUCGUACCUUUCGAAAUAACGACGGACAGGCUCAUCAUGCAGGCGAGCAUCAGUGAACUUUGCUCACCAACUCACCAUUGGCUUGCUGUAUGAUAGGAGGCGCGAUAUCCUAUGUCUUUUGAUAAGGAUCGAUUCUUGAUUGCACGGGCCUGAGUCGAAGAAACAACUCGCGC